AUGCCGACCGACCGACUGACGGCGGGAUCCGGGAGGUGGGGGACGGCCGCAGCGGCGCCGGCCACGCCCACGCCGGUGGCAGUGCCAACGGCGCCCGCUCAGUCACCUCCCGAGCCGGCCAUGCCCGCGCCCACCGCCACCCCCGUUACUCCCGCGCCCACCGCCACCCCCGUUACUCCCGCGCCCACCGCCACCCCCGUCGCGCCCGCUAAGCCGCCACCCACAGUCGCGCCGGUCAAGCCGCCUCCGGUUGUCGCGCCCGUGUCCGCGCCGCCGCUCGUCGUGACGCCUCCUCCCGUGUCACCACCGCCCGUGAAGGCGCCUCCUCCCGUGACGCCACCACCGGUCACCGCACCUCCGCCCGCGACGACUCCCCCGCCGGCGGCCGCACCGGCCGAGGCGCCCGCGGUGCUCCCUCCCAUGGCGACGCCCCCGCCGGUGGCCGAGGCACCCGCCGUGCUGCCUCCGGCCAAGGCUCCGUCCAAGAGCAAGAACAAGCACAAGAGAAAGAGGAGCGGCAAGAAGAAGUCGCCCGCCCCCGCGCCGGAGCCACGCAGCCCGCCGACCCCCAUCGCGCCCGAGCCCACCACCGUGGAGGACGUCUCCGGCCCCGCACCAUCCGCCAAUGAUCUGAGCGGGAGCGGCCGGCAGUACGGGCGCUGGGGGAUCGUCGUGCAGACCGCCGCCAUGGCCGCGCUGCUGCUGUCGCUAGCGUGGUGAACGUGAAACACAGCAGAGAGAUACAUCCAUACAUCCAUACAUCUUAUUCAUGUAUCGAGUCCAUGAUUUAACCAUUACGCUUUGCUUGUUAUUAUGAUAGAGAUCCAUCAUUUGUUCGAGGCUUGUAAUAAACAGUUUUUUGACAUAUUUUGGCAUCCAGCCGGGUUGGGAUCCAUCGUUGCGGCGCGUAGUGGAGGCCCUCAGUUGUGUGAGAUCUGAUUUUAUUCAGAAUUUGUGUGGAGCUUGAAGCACAUGAACAAGAAAUUGGAGAUGAUUCUUUAUCCAUGGGAUCUUCAAAAAGCAGAAAACAACACAGGAAAGUAUUCACUAUAAAUUGUACCAUAUUCAGAUAUUUUGUUUGCUUCCGUGGCUGCGGAUAUGGGCUUCCUGGGAUAUUUUCUUGCCUGAAGGGAGCUUCAACAGUGCAUUUUCAGGAUCCCAGUGCUGAAAUAAUAAGGUGAAGAACAAUCCCCAAUGUGCUCGCAAAUCUCGAGCAAGCUCGAGACAAACAGAGUCAUCAACACGGAAGCCCUCUUACACCAUCCUGGCAACAGUUGCCUCAAGACAUUCAUUUCUAUGCUGGGGAUUGGGAGGAGCUUCACACGGUCCUGUCGGUGAUACUGGAGGAUGAGGUGGACGCAUUUUCGGGAGUGGGACUAGGGUUCUGUGAAGAUGAUCUUUUGGAUGGUUACAGCAGCCAGGAUGGGAAUAAUAUCUGCCAAUCGAGACGAUCAACAAAACUAUCAGGCACUGGCAGAUGGGAGAGGGGAAACGAGGCAUAUUCAGGAGAUGAGGGUGGAUAUGACAUAGUGUUAUUGAAUGAGAUCCCUUACUCUGCAAGCUCUCUUCAAAACCUUCAUUCGUUCAUCAAAAAGGUUAGUUACUAAAAUUGUAAUGCUAUUCUCCAGUGUCAUUUUGUCAGAGAAGACUCUCUCUUGCCAUGAGAUGCCCAAUAAAGGCAGCGAGUACUUUCCUGGGGCGCAUUAUGCGGAUUCGCCAUCUACAUCGAAACUGAACCUGCUUAACUUUGACCUUCAUUUCAGUUUGUUCCUGCCCUUGCAGUGCCUGCAGCCACCAUAUGGAGUGAUGUAUCUCGCGGCGAAAAAGAGCUACAUUGGCUCCAGCAGUUCGGCGCGGUAGCUCAGAGCAUUGAUCGAUGAGGAGGGCGCCUACGGUGUGCACCUCGUCGUCGAGCCCCCGAGAGGAGAUCUGGAAGUUCUUCUCCAAAUAAAUGCAGCUCAUCACGGCUCGCAAAAAAUUGACCAAGGCUGCUAGAGCCAUCAGUUCUGUAUAUAUAACUUAAGCGGAUAACCCAGCCAGUGUCUGACAUUGUUUGCCAUUUUCUGAAUGUAGUGCUGAUCAUGUCAAACUAGAGACAAACUUUGACAUUAGGAUGUCCUCUGCUAAGUGUCGAGGUUCAACUGUGCAAAACCAACUUGGUGAGCUUUUGA